AUGGGGAGAGAGAGAGAGAGAGACAGAGAUACAGAGAGACAGAGAUACAGAGAGACAGAUACAGAGAGAUGGGGGAGAGACAGAGACACUGAGGGAGAGACGGAGAGACAGAGAGACGGGGAGAGAGAGAGAGACAGAGAUACAGAGAGACAGAGAGAUGGGGAGAGACAGAGACACGGGGGAGAGACAGAGACACUGAGGGAGAGACGGGGGAGAGACAGAGAGACACAGACAGGGGAGAGACAGAGAGACACAGGGGGAGAGAGGGAGACAUGGGGGAUAGACAGAGACAUGGGGAGAGACAGAGACACUGAGGGAAGAGAAAGGCAGGGAGAGACAGAAGGAGAGAAACAGAGAGAGACUUCGCAGGAAAGCUUCUGCAUCAGCGCCUCAGCAGGCAGAGGCCCUGUCAUGGUGGAGCGGCAUCUCUGCCCCUUUCUGCUUGGACUGCUGUCCUGGGCAAGUCAUGUGCCAGCCUGA